UCCAGUUAAUAGGUAAACAAAUCGCGCGCCCUGCUGCAAGCGAAAAAACCAUACAAACGAUUCUACGUGCUUUCUCUGUUCUUUGAUUCGGGAUGCUGCUGAGUGCAGCUACUGGGGCGUAAAGCUGUUAUUGCUGCAGUUGCUGAUAGUGCUGUGAGUAACGGCCAUACUUUUUCAAUCUGUUGAAAACAUCUCGUCGAAUUCGUACAAAUACACUCCUCCUUGUCACGCAUACGAGCAAGCAGUGAUGUACCGCUAACGAACGACCUGAAAUGCAAAUGCAAUAUUCCUGUGACCUUGAUCCUUCAGAGCAAGAAGAAAGUCCGGAGAUUAUAUAUCCUGCUCGGCAGCAAAGCGGGCACCUGACAUCGUCGACGCCGUCGGAUACGCAGCCGUUUGUUGGUGAUUGUGUAUUGUUCUCGAUCAUCAAUUCGCAUAGCAGUUCUGGCUGUGAGCGAAGUAGUGCAUCGGUACAGAGGCUGUCUUUUGAGACGCCGAAUAAGUCGGGAAAUAGCACGCCUACUAGCAGUGAACGUCUACGUCAAGAGAUCAGCGAAGCCAAAUCCGACCUACAAAAGGCAUUAAAUAUACUCUUAUAUCCCGAUCAAUUUCCAUCAGACAGCGGCAGCGACGAGAAGUCCACCGCAGUUGCACUCACUCAAGAAUCCCAAGAGGUAGCUGGUGAGACUAGCGCUGAAAGCUCUGUUUUCAAAGUACCGUUAGCGGUACUGAGUUCAAUGAAAAACAUGGCCACUCGAACACGCGCGGUAUUGACUACAAAGAGCAAAUCUGAGACAGCUGAUGCGAGCCGUGCAUACAGCAAUUCACUUGAAUUUCUCUUUUCUGAUUCAGCGUCAGAGAUGGAUGAUACGGAGAUCCAGGAGAUUCCAGCUCCCCGACAGUCACAGAUUCGGGAUCUGAACAGUAGUUCUGCAAGACUCCCCAAUAACGAACCAGAAUCAUCCCCUGAAGUCGAUGUAACGCCUCCUCACCCUCCUCCUCCUCCUCCUCGCGCCCACUAUACAAGCUCGCCCAUGAGAGCAAACACCGCAGAAGAUUUUGUGGUUUUCCCGCCAUUCGCGAUUCCGUCCUCGGCUGCUGAUACGGUGCUGAUUAUACCGACGCAGGAAGAGUUUUCGCAGUUUGCGCAAGCGUCGCCUCGUCGCGUGGCCAGAAAGAAGCACGCAGACGAUAGUGAGGAUGAGUUGGAUAUGUUGUCUUCAAUAUCGCCGCGAGAGAAAGAGAAUGUUCCCGCCAGCUCAACUGAGAGUACAGGAAGCUCAAAAAAGUCACAGACACAUACACCGAGCGGAUCAGGCUCAGGUGCAGCAAAGCCUCACUCGAUCAAUAUUCUAUUAGACAAGAAGAGAAAAAAGUCAAGCAGCGACAGCUUCUCGAUCGAAUCCUUGCCGCUGCCGCCACACGUGAGCAGUCCGCUUUCGACUACAAAUUCCAAGGCUCAGAGUACCAAAAACGCUACUGGUGUCUCGAUCGUGCAAAAUCCAAAGGAUAACACAAACAUUUUGGAUUCUGCAAGUACAACGGCUGCGACAGAGUCCAAACAUAAAGCUACAGGCAAACGCACGAGAGACUCUGCAUCGGCCGAGAGAGAGAGGGAUAAGCCGAUAUCCGCAUUGCUCAAGGGACCUGUCUAUCGAGUUGGUCUGUCCAAACGAGCGCGCGUUGAGUCGCUCCAUUCAUACCUUAGGCGUGAGUCGUAGGUGAUAAUUCUUCAUUCCAUAUAUAAACAAAAUUAAU